AUGGGAAUAACCGUCCAAAACAUCACGGGAAACACAGCAAUGGUAAUUUGGCCCAAAAUGGCCAGUUGUGCCGAUAGCUUUUACAGCAUCAUGUACCACCCUAACUGGAACAGCAUGCUAUCCAGUUACUCAAGAAAGAGCUUUCAGAAGGAAGAGAGGGUGCCCACGAGCCGCUCCUCCUUCGUUGUUGAAAACCUGACUCCGCUAACGACGUACAUCGUGUGCGUGACCUGCCAGUCUGCAAACCCUUCCAGCGACCAGUGCAGAGUUUUUAACACGCUGGAACAAGACCCAGCCUCUGCAAGCAACACCAAGAAGGAGCUGGCGCUGGGCAUCUGGGUCACCAGCAGCGUCCUGCUCCUCAUCAUCGCUGCAAUCCUCCUCUAUGGCUGCCUGCACCUCCUGUGUCGCAGGAGACGUGAGCGCCAGCAAGGGAGAAACGAGGCCUCCAAACAAGAGCAUGGGACGGCAUUGACCAAAAGCAUGGAGCAUGGCUCAGAAGAGCUUGGCAGGCAGAACCAACUGAUGCAGGACACAGAGGAAAAGCACUCAGGUGGCAUCCAGCUGGCCACAAUCAUUAAGAAUCCCUCAGCAUGCAAGGAGCCCAUUGUGCCGGCUUCCAAAAGCCAGGAACGAGCACCAAUGACAGGACAAUGCUCUGCUAUAAAUUAG